CUUCACGCUCAAUAUAGAGCAAAUCGGAAUACUCUCCUACGGUUUUGCCUGGGCCGAGAGCUAGAUGGACUUUAUGUUGACGCUCAUGUUCACUUAAUGUCUCGGGUGAGUAUUUGGCAGUCCUCGAGGGGACGGAACAAUCGCCGAGUUCCUCGACCAGUAUGGGCUCUGCCUCUCAGGCUCCCCGGGAGCCCCAAACAUGAGUUCUCCACCGGCGGGUGACAUGCGUUGGAUGGCCGGAUUUCAUAAUUCCAUUGCUCGACCGUUUGCAAGCCUCUACACCAGGUGGGCUCUGGCAAACCUCAAAAGUGCUGCCUUACCAAACCCAACUACGGCGGAGACCACGGUAUCACCAGACACGCCGACCGAGUACAGGAAUAGCCUGAAUAGAAGCGAAGAAAUUCGUGUCUUCCGAGUCAUUUACCGAUACGAAACCUUCAAUCAUCUCUUUGGUCGGAACAAGGGCAGACGGCGCGGCGGCUAUCCCUUUUAUACAAUCAACGAGCUUUUCUGCUGUCUAUUCGAUCCUUGGGAAGUCGAGGCUAUCGGAUGCAUAGAUGCGUUUGUUAGAGAAAAGUACGCCGAUAUUUUUAACCAGAUCAAAGGCUGGAUGGAGGGGACUGUGUCGCGAGGGCUGCAAAUUGCGGUACGAAUGUUUACGAUUGACAACUAUGAGUUACUGCUAGCCAAGAUGGAGCGCGCCAUCACAACCCAGAAGCGAAAUGAUGAUUCUUUCAAGAAGUCUCUGAGCACGACUGCAUAGAUAGGCAGACGCGAUGUCUCAAACGCCUUUCCAGAUUCAAGAAACCGAGCGGAGCAGAGGGCAGAGAACAUGGAGUUUCGAGGUGAUUAUAUGCCGCCCAACGAACCGCCACUCGCCUGGGUUCUGUUAUGGAACUGGAAGUACUCGAAUGCUUAUAGGGAAUACGUUCCAGAGUCCUUGGUGCCAACUGGAUACGUAUUCUGGGACGCGGAGCGUUUGGCACAAGAUGGAAUUAAAGACUUUGUCGUCAGCCAGUGGGAGACUCGCCCUUCGGUUGCCGAGGCCAUGUUGGUCGAUCGCCUUUGGAGUCCCCUUAGAGACGAGAGACCAACAGCCGAAGUCCUUACAGACAUCGGCGAGAAAGCUUCAGGAGAUGCGGUGAAUCAUUCAGGUGAAGUCGAGGAUGCGCCUCAGCCAACGGAAGACUCUCGAGAUGCAAGUCUGGUAAUUUCUGAGGUUCAUGACUUCUACCUCUUACAUCGAUAGUUCGGGCU